AUGUUUGUAGAGUCAACCGACAUUAACGCAAUUAACCGAUCAAUAUGUAGUUCACUGUUAAGCAGAGUUGAAUCGCCAAAGUACCUUGAAGCAUUGUCUGAAUAUGUGGCUAAAAACGAGUACAACUCAUGGAUAGAAGCUCAUGAGAUAUUCAUUCAAAUGAAAUUGUGUUCAGACGAUGAGAUUCAAUUAAUUGUCAAUGAUCUGGUUCAACUGUAUGAUCUGGUUCAACUGGAUGAGUGA